AUGUCGCUCAAGCUCUUGACGCUCGUGGCGCUCGCGCUCGUGGGCAUGGCCGUCGGCGCCAAGUCGCCCAAGAUCACCAACCAAGUCUACUUUGACAUCAAGAUCGGCAACCGCGAUGCGGGCCGCAUCGUCAUGGGCCUCUACGGCAAGACGACGCCCAAGACGGUCGAGAACUUCCGCGCGCUCUGCACGGGCGAGAAGGGCACGGGCACGAAGGGCAAGCCGCUGUGGUACAAGGACAGCGCGUUCCACCGCAUCAUCCCGGACUUUAUGAUCCAAGGCGGCGACUUUACGCAUGGCACAGGCACGGGCGGCGAAUCGAUUUACGGCGACCGCUUUGACGACGAGAACUUUAAGCUCAAGCACGAAGGCCCCGGCACGCUCUCGAUGGCCAACGCCGGCCCAACAGCAACGGCUCGCAACCUCGUGGCCGUCGAGAAGAUCGGGUCGGGCUCGGGCACGCCGUCGGAGCGCGUGACGAUCGCCAACUCGGGCGAGCUCCUCGGCGACGACCUCAUCGACGUCGAGUAA